CCUCCUCCACACACAGCAACAUUUAUUAUUGUGCGACCGAAUAAUCUAGAUUUUUAGAAAAACUGGUUUUAAUUAAUUCUCGCUUAGUUAGGCACCUACUCGUGAUUCGGAUGAUUUCAGCCUUCAGCAUCAGCGUGAGGUUUAUUCUGUAUAAACUUUCGUGUUGCUAAAAGUAAAGUUACCUAAUUUACAUAGAUAGGACUGCAUAUUAUCAGUGAUUAGAUGUGUGGUGUUGAUUUUUAGUGUGUUAGUUAUUUCGUCCGCAUCGAAAUCAGUACCUACCUACUGUAAAAAUGCGGUCUCUGGAAUUUUCCUCUAAAUGUUUGAAUAUCGUGAUAGGUAUAUGUUUUAUUUGUGUUUGCUCGAUUGAAAUUGGCAUCGUUGGAGCUGAGGAUCCAGAGGCUAUUAAGAUCCCAAACAGUUCUAAUUUCAGCUCAGCUAUGGAUCUCGACGGAAUUGUACCGGAUGUGAUCAAAAAAGAACCGUCGAAAAAUAUAACCGUGAAGUAUCCUUCUGGUAAAGAUGUCAGCUUGGGUAAUAUUUUGACCCCGACCGAAGUGAAAGAUGUGCCCAAAGUUAGCUGGGAUGCGGAAGCUGGUAAAUUCUACUUAUUGUGUAUGACCGAUCCCGAUGCACCGAGCCGAAAAGAACCGAAAUUCAGAGAAUGGCAUCACUGGCUCGUCGGUAAUGUACCUGGAUCAGAUGUAGAAAAAGGUGAAACUUUAUCCGAAUACAUUGGCUCUGGACCUCCUCCAGGCACCGAACUUCAUCGUUACGUAUUCCUCGUCUAUCUGCAGCCGGGUAAAAUCGAUUUCAAAGAUGUGCCACGUUUAACCAACAGAUCUGGAGACAAUCGUGGUAAUUUCAAAAUACAAGAUUUCGCCGAUAAAUACAAUCUCGGCGAUCCGGUGGCUGUAAAUUUCUAUAAAGCCGAAUACGACGAUUACGUUCCGAUUUUAUACAAACAAUUAGGAGAAGAUUUCAGCCUAGCACGUUUCAUCGUCCGCAUCAAAUUCGAAAUCAGUAUUGAAAAAAUGCCAUCCUUAAAAUUUUUUUAUGGCUGCUCAAAUGUUGUCGUAUUGUGUUUUAUUUGUUUCUGCUCGGUUGAAAUUACCAGGGUCGGGGCUCAAGAUGAGGAUAUGAGUCAUAUUGAAAGAAUUAUCGAUGAUUUGAAAAUCCCCAGAGGUCUGAAACUCGCGAAUAGUUAUAAUCUCAGUGUAUACUUAGAUCUGUUCGGAGUUGUCUCAGAUGUGAUCAGAAAACCAACUCCGAAAAAUUUAACAGUUGAUUUUCGUACCGGUGUGACAGCUAUUUAUGGUAAUAUUUUAACCCCUACCGAUGUGAGAGAUACGCCGAAACUUACCUGGGAUGCGGAGGAUGAUAAAUUUUACUUGGUGUCUAUGACCGAUCCCGAUGCACCGAGCAGAAAAGAACCGAAAUUCAGAGAAUUUCAGCAUUGGCUUGUAGGUAAUAUUCCCGGAAUGGACGUAGAAAAAGGCGAAACUUUAACCGAAUAUAUUGGCGCAGCACCUCCUAAAGAUACUGAACUUCAUCGUUACGUGAUUCUAGUCUACAAGCAGCCGGGUAAAAUCGAUUUCAAAGAUGUGCCUCGUUUAAGCAACAAAUGUGGAGAUAAUCGCGCCAGUUUCAAAAUUCAAGAUUUCGCCGAUAAAUACAAUCUUGGUGAUCCACUGGCUGCACAAUUUUUCCGUGCUGAAUUCGACGAGUACGUUUCAUGUUUAUACCGAAAAUUAGGAUUGGAGAGGACGAUUAUUGGUGAUAUAGAAUUUAAAGAUAAUUAAACGUGUACAAAAUAUCUGUCGGAAUUUUUUAAAAAGACUUGUAAAAAAAAGAAUACACAUGGAUAAAAUUA